AUGACAAUCUCAUUUUUCUUGCAAAUUUCCAUUUUCCAUUCGGAUUGUGUUUAUCGGUUAAAAAUGUUUGCCUAAGGACACUUCCCUCCACUUUUCUCUCAGUUCCAAUUUUGGUUUGUCGAUGUUCGCAAAACGGACUAGUAUUCCGCCGACGUGCAUCUGCAUGCUGAUUGCUAAACAUUCUUUGAUCCUACUCGGAGAAGAAGUUAAUUACUCAUCUGACGGUGUUAGAUUUGGCUUAUGCUUAUGCUGUCUACCCGAGCAUUGGUAAGAGAUGCCAGUAGCGAAGCCGGAGUCAUCAGAUGCCAGAAUCAUCGCUCACGUCGAUAUGGACUGCUUCUACGUUCAAGUUGAGCAACGGAAGCAGCCACAUUUAAGGGGUGUACCUACUGCUGUGGUUCAAUAUAACGCAUGGAAAGGUGGUGGCUUGAUUGCUGUCGGCUAUGAAGCACGCAAAUUUGGUGUGAAGCGAUCAAUGCGAGGGGAUGAGGCAAAGAAAAUCUGCCCUCAAAUUCAGCUUGUUCAAGUUCCUGUGGCACGCGGUAAAGCAGACCUCAAGACAUACCGGGAUGCAGGUUCAGAGGUUGUUCGUAUUCUUUCAAAGAAGGGAAGGUGUGAGAGAGCAUCGAUUGAUGAAGUAUAUCUUGACCUAACUGAUGCCGCCGAAGCAAUGUUAGUUGAAACUCCUCCGGAGAGCAUGGAGGCUAUUGAUGUUGAGGCUCUAAAGUCUCAUGUUUUAGGUCUUGAUCAAACGGAACAAAGUGAUAGCCAAGAAUGUGUAAGGAUGUGGCUUACGAAGAGUGAUUCAGAUUAUCGUGAUAAGCUGUUGGCUUGUGGAACUCUCAUUGUUGCUGAACUGAGGAUGCAAGUGUUGAAAGAGACCGAGUUUACUUGUUCUGCUGGAAUUUCUCAUAACAAGAUGCUGGCUAAACUUGCGAGUGCCAUGAAUAAACCUGCUCAACAGACUGUUGUGCCCCACUCCUGCGUGAAAGGCUUGCUUGAUUCCCUACCAAUAAAAAAAAUGAAACAACUUGGUGGAAAGCUAGGGAGUUCUUUAGAAAGUGACCUUGGUGUGAACACUGUUGGAGAUCUGUUGAGGUUUCCAGAGCAGAAGCUACAAGAACGUUAUGGAUUUAAUACUGGUACUUGGUUAUGGAAUAUUGCCAGAGGAAUCAGUGGGGAAGAAGUACAAUGUCGCCUUCUUCCCAAAAGCCAUGGUUCUGGGAAGAGUUUUCCUGGCCCCCAAGCUCUGAGAACAAUUUCUUCAGUUCAGCACUGGCUAACUGAACUUUCUGAAGAACUGAGUGAGCGUCUUUGUUCUGAUUUAGAUCAGAAUAGGCGGAUGGCUCACACCCUUACCCUUCAUGCUAGUGCAUAUGAGUUGAGCGACUCAGAUCCACAUAAGAAGUUCCCUUCCAAGUCUUGUCCCUUAAGAUAUGGUGCUGCUAAAAUUCAGGAGGAUGCACUAAACUUAUUUAAGGCUGGAUUGCGGGAUUAUUUAGGCUCUUACAGAGCUAACAGCCAGAGAGAUCUAAACAGUGGAUGGCGAAUAACUUCUCUUUCUGUCUCAGCAAGUAAAAUUAUGGCCAUACCGUCUGGAACGUGUUCAAUUACAAAAUACUUGCAUAGCCAGCAUUCGUAUUGCGCAUCAUCUGACAAACCCCAGGGUAAUGAUACACAAGAAACUGCUUUGCUUUCAGUUAUGGACUCAAGUGAAGCUCAUGAUGAAUACACUGGAGAAGAAACCAAGAUUGAGAACGGUCAUUUAGGUUGUACAGAUUAUUCAGUGAACUCAAGUGAGGCUCUUGAUAAAUUCACUGGAGAAGAAACAGAGGUUAAGAACGCUACAGAUAGAAGCAAUUGGGAUCAAGAGGAGUGUGAAAGGGGUUUGUGGAAAGAUGAAGUCAUGGAUCCAUGCUGUUCUUCCAAAGAGUUUGAAAAAGAUGGUGUUGUUCAAGAAGCAACCCGACUUCCCUUAGCCGCCUCAGAAAGCAAGUUAUGUUCGGGCCCAAAUAAAAGUGAGUUCCCAAUAAUUACAUUAGAAGAGCAGAAGUCCAAGAAGACAAGAAUUAUGUCUCCGCUGUGUACGAAAAGGAACAAAUCAAAAGACAAGGGCACAGCUUCAAUCUUGAGAUUCUUUAAGCCUGAUCUCUCUUCCACAUCGAGGAAUCAGGAACAUUCUGAAAGCAUCCAAGAUGGCUUAUCACCUGCCGAUGGACACACUAGCGAAUUAAGACUGUCCGACAAUAGGGAAGUAGGAGGUGAAAGAUGGAAUUAUAAUGUUGACGAAAUUGAUAUUUCAGUGAUUGACGAGUUGCCGCCUGAAAUUCAGAAAGAAGUAUGGUGUUGGAUCAGGCCUCGCAAGCGAUCCAAUACAGUGAAUCGAGGUUCCACCAUUUCUCGUUACUUUCUACCUUCCAAGAGUAGUUGACAGUUGUGCUUUCUUUAAACGCUGUACUUGUAAAUAUGUAGUAUCUUCAUGAUGAUCUGUGAGCAUACAAAGCAGGAAUCUCUCAAAAGAUGCAAAUUUUGAUGUCAGAAGAAUAUGUGAAAUAAUGAUGAACAAGGGCUGUAAUUUUCUUUUUAAAGAUUUUGCAAAUUAUAUAUAGCUUUAUUGGGCUCGGUUUCGUCUUC